AUGCCAUUGAGUUUUUUGCAUGUUAAUGGAUUAUCAAGCCAAGAUAUUUGGAAUGUUUAUAAGUUGGAAUUUGAUGUCACUAGAAAGGAUGAUCUGUCUUCAAAAAAUAAAAAUAAAAAAGAUCGUGAAAUUUAUUAUAAUUUCGUAAGGAGUGGAGAUGCAAAAAAGCUCUAUGCUUCAAACUUUGAUAUAAAAUUGAGAGAAAAUUUUAAAGAUAAAAUCAAUAAAACUUUGUCACAAAGAGAAGACACAGAAUGGAUGAUAAAUGUGAAUGGAAAAAGAUAUGAUAUUGUAAAAAUGACAUGCAAGUCCUUUGAAAAAACCAAUGUUUUUAGAUUAAAUUACAAUGAACCAAUAUUAUCAUACAUAAUUGACUUCACAGAAUCAAAUCCAAUUGAAGACAAUAGAAGAGAAUAUCGAGAAAAGGUUGAAGAAAAGUUUCCCAAAAUUAAUAAAGAAGAUUCUUUGUUUAAUGAACAUUAUUUUAUUUGGCAAAUAUGCUGCUUAAUAUUUAAAUUAUGGAAUAGCAAUGAUUUCAAUCCUAAACACCACAAAACAUUUUCAGAAGGAUCUUUCGAAUUCUUGGGGCUGCGUUCGAUUUAUCACAUUUUAGUUGAAGGACUUGGUAAUGGUGUUAUCCGUGUAGGUGAACAAUCUUCUGAAGCUUCAAGAUUGCGCAAAAAGAAAUUAAUAGAGAAAGAAAAAAAGCUCAGGCAACAGCAACAGGAACAGGAAGAAAUAUUUUUCUCCUAUGAAAUGAAAAAAAUUGGGAAAAAGGCUGAUUUUUGGGUUGAGAAAGUUGGAAAUAUGAAAGAAAAACAAUUGUUAAUUUUGUCAGAAGUAAAUACACCAGUAAUUUUAUAUGUAUUUCAAACAACCAAAGAAUUUGCAGUAAAAUGA